AUGACGCUCGUUCAUAUUCUUUUUAUCAUUUCUUCAAUUCAUGCGACAAGAUUUCUUCGCUUCGAACAAAAGUCUUACGAAAUUUACAUCUCGGAAUCCACACCAAUCCAUACGAAAAUUGGCUUGAUCAGAGCAAUUGCCUCUCCUUCCGUUUCCAUCCAGUACGAACUUCAUGGAGAUACGAAUAAAAUGUUCUAUCUCAACUCUUUAACUGGUGAAUUGAUUCUAUUAAGUCCCGUUGACUAUGAAACCAUGUCAAUGUAUCAAUUCACUCUCGAAGCACGUUCACCAUCGAUUGCUACAUCUUCAUUCAGCGAAUUGAUCGUUCACAUUGUUAAUAUCAACGACAAUCCACCAGAAAUAAAUCUCAUUGUCUACCCUUCGGUUAUCUAUGAUUUAAACAUCAUCAAAUACGAUCAAAAUUCGUCGUCUACUCCAUUCGCGACGAUCAAUAUAAAAGAUCCGGACCAAUCAACAAAUCAACUAAGUUUAACUCUAAACGAUACAGAACAUUUUCAAAUUCAACUCAUACGUCAGUUUAAGACUGAUAUCACUUAUAUCUUAUCAACACGAAAUAAUUCACAGUUAAUUCAUCAGGAUCAUUAUUAUUUAUUAUUAACGUCGUGUGAUAAUGAUCAACCAACAUUAUGCACCAAUCAAACAUAUCAAUUUCGGAUGCAAUCAGCGGAAUACCUUUGCAAUUUAUCGUUUCAGCAGAAGAAUUAUAUUAUUGAUAUUAAAGAAAGCCUUCCUGAAAAAACGUUAUUAAUGCGAAAAAUAACAAAUGAAUUUUGUGGGAAAAUUGUGUAUUCUAUUGAUGAGAAUGAUAAAUUUUCGAUUGAUUCUCAUACGGGCGAUUUAUUUAUCAUGAAGAAACUUUACCGAAUCGAACAAAGUAUCUACAUGCUACGAUUAUUUGUUAAUAAUCAAUUUAAAGUGAAGAUUUAUGUUCGGAUACUUGAUCAAUAUGGAAAUAUUCCAUUUCUGAUGAAUAAAGUUUUGAAAAUCAAUCGAAAUCAAUUCUCAUCAGUUCAUAUUUUUAAUUCCACAUUUUGUCGAUCGCAAUUAGUAAUGGAAAAAUAUUUUCAGCUGCUAUCAAAUUGUACAAUAACCUCAUUAGUCAAACCUCCACGAGGUCGAUACUUAUUCAACAUAGCAUUGAAUCAACAAGUCAAUUUUCAAGAUACUUUUGUACUUGAACUAACCGACAACGAUGAAUCUGUACUGUUGUUAAAUCAAUCACAAUGGGUUACCCUCAUACCAAUCGUUUUAAGUGUUCUAGUUGCUAUUGGAAUUAUCAUUCUAGGAAUCAUUAUUCUCAAAGAAAAGCAUUAUCGAUUUAACCAACUAUGUCCUCGUAGAAAGAAAGCAUCAUCUGUGUCAAGCACUAGUUAUAGCAAUGAUGAGAAGAGUCGUUACAAUAAAUACGAUCCAUUUGCCAGUGUAUCAAAAUUGAGAGUACAUGAUGAUUAUGAAUUGUCACCGUCGUCUGCAAGUAUACCAAUCUAUAUUAUACAGAAGGCAUCACCACCUGUUUCAUCGUUGAGUCCAGGACGGGAUGAUGAAGGUUAUUCGGGAAGCUCGGAUGUAUCGGAAAAUCAUCUACCAUUUGAAUCAAAUAUUAUUUCAGGAAAUGGUUUACUUGAACAGUAUCAUAUACAUGAGUUUUCUGAACAUCCAUCGAUGUCAUCUGUAUAUGAUAUACCACGACAAUAUGUGAACAGAAUCAAUGGAUUGUGUAUCUCGCCCGAUAUCACACUUGUAUGA